ACAGAGAACCUGACUGAUUCCUUGGACGUCCGUCUUCAGCUCGUUAUGGUUACAGGCUACCCUACAUCUGGGAAAUCAACAAGAGCCAAACAGCUAUACGACGACUUCUCCGAGCGCCUCAAGACCCCAGCAGGGUCCAAAUACCGCCUCCAUCUCAUAUCAGACGAGACGCUGUCGAUAUCGCGCUCCGUGUACGACCUGUCACCCGACAAGGUACCCGAGCACACCAGGUCCGCCAACGCCUCGGAGAAGGAUGCACGCGCCGCCAUCUAUGCCGCCGUGAGGCGGGUGCUCUCGCCGCGGGACAUCGUCAUACUCGACCACCUGAACUACAUCAAGGGCUGGCGCUACCAGCUCUUCUGCGAGGCCAAGAACAUCAGCACACCCAGCUGUGUGCUGCAGAUAGGGUGCAGCGUCGACAAGGCCAGGGCCGUCAACGAAGAGCGCUUGGCGCGUAGGGACGGUUCUCGGAGCAACGAGACAGCUGCAGAGGAUGCCACUGUCGUGGAGCCGUACGAGCAAGCUAACUGGGACAAUCUCGUAUUCCGGUACGAGGAACCGAAUCCCAUGAGCCGCUGGGACAGUCCUCUCUUUGCGCUGGUCUGGGACGAUGACGAAUCGCGCGCCAAGGAGGUUUUCCAGGACAUCUGGGACGGAAUCGCAGGGGAGGGCCGGGAAAAGGUUGUCCCCAACAAGGUGGUUAUCCAGAGGGGCAAGGACGCCGGAGGCGAUUACCUCUACACGCUUGACAGGGAGACUCAGGCCAUUGUGAAGAGGAUAUUGGAGCUGCAACCUGACGAGGGUGGUGGAGAGAUAAAAAUACCCAAGGCUUCCGGGGAUGGCGAUCUGAUUUUAGAACUACCUGGGAGAAAACUGCUUCUGCCGCAGCUCCAGAGACUACGGCGGGCGUUUUUGGGCAUGAACCGGGGUGGGAUUGGUCUGGAAGGACUGGGCAACAUGUCGGUCGCGAGGGUGCAGGAAAGCUUUGUCGGGAGGCUCCAUUUUGGUACCAUGGCGCUGUUGACACAGACGUUUACGGCAGCAUCGAACAACUCUAUCGACCUGCGUCUCACCGAGUUGGACCGUUUGCUGAGUCGACUACAACAGUCCGCCCUGCGUGCUAGCGCCGAGAGGCAAAGGCUACUCCUUUCAAAUGCGUUUGCAAGGGAGAAACUCUCCACGAGUAUCGAGCAUGCUCGCGCCCAGCUGAGUGGGCUCGAGCGGGAUGCCCUGGGUGUCAAAAUCCAUGCGCAUCGCCAGGGCCUUCAGGUCAACCUCACUCGCAAGAGAGAGAUUGUGGAGGAGCUGGUGGAGAGGAUGAGGGAUCUGGAGGAGAUGGCCGGGAGCAUGUCAAGUGGCGACAAAGAUGAUGAAGAUGACGAAGACGACGGUGGCGAUGACGUCCUGAGUGCAAUCGGUGUUUCGACGAGCAGCGGCACUGAUGAGGUCAUUCCUACCCCGAGCGAGAGCAUGGACUCGACGUCCGCCGACUCUGGCAUACACGGCAUAGAGCCCACAGCAGCAACGAUCCCGUCACCGGCUCAGAGGCACGAUGAAGGCAGCAAGGAGGCGGCCCAAGCUGUAGCUGCUCCCGCUCACAAGGCGCCCGAAACCACCACUACUCAAUCGAUACGGUCACGGGGUGCAAAGCAAUCUUCCUCGGUCGAAGGUCAGGGCGCCAAGCCGCCGGCCGCGACAACAGCAGCGGCGACCACGACAGGCCACAACCUGUUUGGCAACCGCGAGAGGGAGGCGGGCGACCUCACGACGGCCACCACCGAGGCGAUCCUCGAUCAGCAGCGGGCCGAGCAGGAGCAGCUGUCCGAGUCCAUGGUCAAGAUGGCAAGGAGCCUCAAGGAGUCGUCGAGGGCCUUUGCCGCCUCGCUCGAGGAGGACCAGGCCGUGAUGCAGCGUGCCAGCGAGGGGCUCAACAAGAACGAGCUCGGCAUCGAGGCCGCCACGAGGAGGAUGGGCACGCUGAGAAAGAUGACCGAGGGUGAGGGCUGGUGGGGCCGCAUGAGGCUGUAUGCCAUGGUCUACGGGCUCAUGGUGGCUCUGAUAUUGUUUGUUUUUGUUAUUCCGAAGCUCCGCUUCUAG